CUUACGUACUCACUGAACUUCUCAAAAAAUGGGGUUUCGCACUCGAAACCUCUCCUUUCUCAUUCUCAUCCUCCUUGGCUUCCUUGCUGCCUCAUACGCUCGUGAAUGUAGCCCUCCAAAACCAUCACCUAACCCCCACAAACCACCAAAACAUUCUGUCGUCCCACCUACACCACCGGCAGUAAAACCGCCUAAACCACCCACCGUGAAACCACAUCCCUACCCUAAACCCCCCACCAAACCUCAUCCCCACCCGAAACCUCCCACUAUAAAACCAACUCCGCCAUCCCACAAACCACCUAAACCACACCCCCACCCUAAACCCCCCACCAAACCUCACCCUCACCCUAAACCUCCCACUAUAAAACCACCUCCGCCAGCUCACAAACCGCCUAAACCACACCCCCACCCUAAACCACCCAGCGUCAAACCACACCCUCACCCUAAACCCCCUAAAAAACAUCACCCCCCACCGAAACCUCCCACCAUGAAACCCCCUCCGUCCACUCCAAAACCACCCCCAGUGAAGCCUCCGCCAUCGACUCCUAAACCUCCUACCACGAAGCCUCCUCCGUCUACUCCCAAACCACCUACCCACAAGCCUCCACCAUGUGCACCAACACCGCCAGUCGCAACGCCACCAGUGGCAGCCCCACCCGUUGAACCUCCGCCUAUUGCAACACCACCUAUCGCAACACCACCUGUUGCAACUCCGCCUAUCGCAACACCACCUGUAGCAACUCCGCCUAUUGCAACACCACCUGUUGCAACUCCGCCGGUUGCAACACCUCCUAUCGCAAAACCACCAGUUGCAACUCCACCAAUCGCAAAACCCCCAGCUGCAACUCCACCCGUUGCAACACCACCAGUUGCUGCCCCACCCAUUGCCACACCACCUGUGGCAACUCCUCCUAUUGCAACACCGCCCAUUGCAACACCGCCCAUUGCAACACCGCCCAUUGCAACUCCACCAUUCGCAACACCUCCUAUCGCAACACCACCCAUCGCUAAACCACCAGUUGCUACCCCACCCGUUGCCACACCACCUGUGACAACUCCUCCUAUUGCAACACCACCUGCGGCAACACCUCCUAUCGCAACACCUCCUAUUGCAAUACCACCUCCAAUUGCAACUCCACCUGUUGCCACCCCACCAGUAGCAACUCCUCCUAUUGCAACACCACCUGUUACAACUCCGCCUGUUGCAACUCCCCCUGUUGCAACUCCGCCUGUAUCAACACCUCCUAUUGCAACACCACCAGUAGCUUCUCCACCCGUUGCCACACCACCAGUGGCAACUCCUCCUAGUGCAACACCACCUGUCGUAAUGCCACCUGUUGCAACUCCGCCCGUUGCAACGCCUCCUAUCGCUACACCACCCAUCGCAAAACCACCAGUUGCAGCACCACCAGUGGCAACUCCUCCUAUUGCAACACCACCAGUGGCAACUCCUCCUAUUGCAACUCCACCUGUUGCAACGCCACCUGUUGCAACGCCACCAAUUGCUUCCCCACCCGUUGCUACACCACCAGUGGCAACUCCUCCUAUUGCAACUCCACCAAUCGCAAAACCACCCGUCGCAACGCCACCUAUUGCAACUCCACCCAUUGCAACGCCACCAGUAGCUUCCCCACCCGUUACCACACCACCAGUGGCAACUCCUCCUAUUGCAACUCCACCCGCUGCAACGCCACCAGUAGCUUCCCCACCCGUUGCCACACCACCAGUGACAACUCCUCCAAUUGCAACACCACCAAUCGCAAAACCACCUGUCGCAACGCCACCUGUUGCAACUCCACCCGUCACAACACCUCCUAUUGCAACACCACCAGUGGCAACUCCUCCUAUUGCAACUCCACCCGCAGCAACACCACCAGUAGCUUCUCCACCUGUUGCCACGCCACCAAUAGCAACUCCUCCAAUUGCAACACCACCAAUCGCAAAACCACCCGCAACGCCACCUGUUGCAACUCCACCCGUCGCAACACCUCCUAUUGCAACACCACCCACCGCAAAACCACCAGUUGCUGCACCACCGGUGGCAACUCCUCCUAUUGCAACACCACCAGUGGCAACUACUCCUAUUGCAACUCCACCCGCUGCAACGCCACCAAUAGCUUCCCCACCCGUUGCCACACCACCAGUGGUAACUCCUCCAAUUGCAACACCACCAAUCGUAAAACCACCUGUCGCAACGCCACCUAUUACAACUCCACCCGUCGCAACGCCCCCUGUUGCAUCUCCACCCAUUGCAACUCCUCCUAUUGCAACUCCUCCUGUCGCAACACCCCCUGUUGCAACUCCGCCCGUGGCUACGCCUCCAAUUGUAACUCCACCCAUCGCAUCACCACCCAUCACAAAACCACCGAUUGCAACUCCGCCAGCUGCUUCCCCACCUGUUGCCACACCACCAGUGGCAACUCCUCCUAUUGCAACACCACCCAUCGCAAAACCGCCAGUUGCAACACCACCUGUUGCAACCCCGCCAAUUGCAAAACCACCAGUGGCAACACUUCCCACAACAACACCACCGAUAGCAACUCCUCCUAUCGCUAAGCCGCCAGUCGCAACACCACCCAUAGCAAUACCACCUAUAGCAAAAACACCUGUAGCAUCCCCACCUAUUGUAUCACCACCCAUCGCAACUCCUCCUGUUGCAAUCCCACCUAUUGCAAAGCCACCCGUUUCAACACCUCCUGUUGCAUCACCGCCUGUUGCAACACCGCCUGUUGCAACUCCGCCUAUCGCAAAACCACCAGUUGCAACACCACCUACCGCAACUCCUCCAGUUGCAACGCCACCUAUAGCAAAACCACCAGUAGCAAUACCUCCAAUCGCCACUCCUCCGAUUUCAAAGCCACCUGUCGCAGCUCCUCCCACAUCAAAACCGCCUGUUGCAACUCCACCGGUAUCAAAGCCACCAGUAGCAUCUCCUCCUAUUGCAACUCCUCCUAUCGCACAGCCGCCCGUCGCAACACCACCUAUUGCAACUCCACCGGUUGCAAAACCACCACGUGCAACACCACCCACCGCAAUGCCACCAAUAGCAACUCCACCUAUCGCAAAACCACCUGUUUCAACGCCGCCUAUUGCAACUCCGCCUGUAGCAAAGCCACCCGUUGCAACUCCGCCUAUAGCAAAGCCGCCUGUCGCAACUCCUCCCACAUCAAAACCCCCUAUUGCAACUCCACCGGUAUCAAAGCCACCAGUAGCAUCUGCUCCUGUUGCAACUCCUCCUAUCGAAAAGCCGCCCGUCGCAACACCACCUAUUGCAACUCCUCCCGUUGCAAAACCACCAGUUGCAACACCACCCACCGCAAUGCCACCUGUAGCAACUCCACCUAUCGCGAAACCACCUGUUGCAACACCGCCCGUUGCAUCUCCGCCUAUAGCAAAACCACCCGUAUCUACCCCACCCGUUGCAACGCCGCCUACACCGUGCCNGCCAACACCGACUCCACCUGUCGUAACACCACCAACGCCAACCCCACCCGUCGUAACACCACCAACACCAACCCCACCCGUCGUAACACCGCCAACACCAACUCCACCAGUCGUAACACCGCCAACACCAACACCACCCGUCGUAACACCACCAACACCAACUCCACCCGUCGUAACCCCGCCAACACCAACACCACCCGUCGUGACACCGCCAACACCAACACCACCCGUCGUGACACCGCCAACACCAACCCCACCUGUGGUAACGCCGCCAACACCAACUCCUCCUAUUCCCGAGACUUGCCCAAUUGACACGUUGAAGCUAGGAGCGUGUGUGGACGUUCUUGGAGGUUUGAUUCACAUCGGGCUUGGGAAAAGCCACGCCAAGGAAGAGUGUUGUCCAGUUUUGGGAGGCUUACUUGACCUAGACGCAGCCGUAUGUUUAUGUACCACUAUUAAAGCCAAACUUCUCAACAUCAACCUCAUUCUCCCCAUUGCUCUUGAGCUUCUUCUCGACUGUGGAAAAACUCCACCACCUGGCUUCAAGUGUCCCGCUUAAUCAAUGUAAAGAGUUGAGUCUCAGAAGGUUUCGUUUUUUUCAAAAAUUUGUUCAUUAUCUCUUUUGGUAAUGGGAGGUUUAUAUGCGUGUGUGCGACCUUGAGUUUCAUGUUUCAUUUGAUACAAUAAAAUUAGGGGCUUGUAAUUUGGGUUUGAGAUCUCUAUUUCUUUGCGUUUUCAUGUUAUGCUGUACUUUUUAAGAAGAAGAAAAAAACUGUAAAACGAUAUAACUUUUUUUCUAAUAUAAACAAGUUUGUAUCUGUCAA